CCGCCUGCCUAGACACACCGCGAGCAAAGAGAGAGCUCGAAGAGUGGCAUUUUUGAAACACCGGCGGUAGGCAGCGACGGUGCCGGUUCCAAACGCGCUCACGACAUUUCAGUGUUUUGUCAACAAGUUGGGGUGGUGAGGUUGUGCCGUACUGAUCCAGAGUCUGCUCUUCAAAAAUCGUAAUCGGAUUAAUACAAAGACGUCGCGGUUUCGACUCCGCCCAUCGCCGAUAAGGCGCACGUACGAUGCUAUAUAGUUGAGGCCGUGCCAAAAUGUCGUCCGCAAUAUGUCAAAACUUCGUGCAGAACGCGUGGAAGAAGGAGCUUUGCUCGAACUGUUUCAAGUCCAAAGAUGAGCACGUCGCGGCCAAACCCAAAGUCGUCCGAUUGGUUUCCGACGGUGACGUCGCCGGUAUCAUCAGAGAUCCGACCAAGAGCAAGCCCAAGCUCACCGUCGAGUUCACCAAAGAGCUGACUCAGUUUAUAGGCUACGGCGGCGAAGACUGGUUAUCGGGUGACGAAGAAGCGGACGACGACGACAACGACGUCGACCUCUCCGAAGAGGACCUCCUGCUGACCGAUUCCGACGAAGAGGAGUGCGUGAAGGAAAUGCGCAAGCUCACCAAGAAGAAUACCAGUUACAACACCGUGUCGCUGAGCGACCUGACGGAAAAAAAGAACAGCCACGCGCAGCUGAUGCUCGGCAAACCGCUGCUCGACUCCGAGGGAAAGAAGCAUACGCUGCUGGUGUCGGUGACGCCUUUCGGCGAAGACACGCCGCCUCGCAAACAAGCGGCGAAGGCGCCGGGAAAUAGUAACGUCGUGCUCACAUCCUAUACGAAGAACGACGGGGAAAAAUCGCUACUGGACGAAAUAUCGGAGACGUUGGAGAACGGCAAGAACCCCAUCCAGAUUAUGUCGAAGAACAAGGAGAACACGGGUCAAGUGCAGACCAAACGGGCGGUGAGCUUGGCUCGCGCGCCCGCCCUCAAAUUGGACAAGCCCGUCGUGUUUCAGACCUCCACCGCCAAGAUCGAGCUCCUCAACGCUAAGAACUUGAAAAAGGCCGAGGUCAAUAACAACGACGUCUCCAAAGUCAUCAAAAGUGACGUCGUUACCUCGACCAAGCUGAUACAGUCCGAGAUACAAAACUCCGCCCCUUACGUAUCGCCGCCGCCGAAGGACGACAAGCCGACUAGCAGAGAGCAGGCGGGCAAGCCGGACGGCAGCGAAGACCCCGAGCGGCCCGAACUUCCGGCUUUGCCGUUAACACCGCCGCCCCCUUUAGAAACUCAAGCGUCGUUCCUACACGGAAGUGGCGGCGCGGUCCCGCCGACCGGCGAGAAGCCCAAAAUACCGUCGAAGCCGGCCACCGUGCUUAUACGCAAAGCGAUCAGCGUGAGCCAACCUUUGACCCCGCCCCAGACCUUCACCACGUUCUCCAAGGAGCCGGCGCCGGUCGACAGGCAAGACCCGGACUCGGACCCGAAGGCGAACAAGAGGCGGGCGCCGAUGCCGCCCGAGGAGCAGGCGGGGCCGCUUUACGCGAGGAACUCUUGCGGAUCAGUCAACUCGGACUCGCCGGUGGUGCGGGAGAAGGAGAAGCGGGAAAGGGCGUCCUCGUGCGUGCCGAAAAUCUACGCGCAGGAGUACGCGGCGCCCGCCCCCGCCCCCCGGAGACUGCUCUCGAUAUCCACCGACAACUUGCUGGUCGAAGACAAACGCAAGGAGAAAUCGAAGGGGCGGUUCUCGUUGAGGAAGUUCCUGAGGAUGGGCUCGAGCAAGGACCUGGUCAGGUUGAGCGGCGACUCCGAGGACGGCCUCGACGGGCCGAAACCGAGGCCCAGACUGGUCAUAGUGCACCCGAGCGAGCUGAACGGUUCGAAAGUGGAAGUGGUGGCGAAACCCGUAGACUCGCCGAAGGCGGCGAAGCCGCCUCCGCCGCCCCGCAACUACGAGAACUGGAAACAGCAACCGGUCACCCAUCCGCCGCCCAAGUCGGUGGAGAUUUUGAACAAGCAACGGCAACUGUCGAGGAGCAAUUCAGGCUCGAGCGUCGACAAAAAGAUGGAGACCGUUUACGCGAAUAUAGGCGAAGUGAGGUCGUCGAUAGUGCCGAACAAACCGGUGAGAACGGCGAGCAUGAGGGAGCGCGAAGCCCAGCAGCAGCAGCAAACGCGCAAGCACCACUACGAACCCGUGGGGAAACCGUCGGAACACGUUUACGAUUACGUCAACAACGGGAGCGGUAGGUCGAGCAGUCCCGAUAGCGAUUCGAGCCGGGGCGGUAAAAACAGUCCCGAAGCAAAAACCGCCAGACUGAACAAAAGGUCCGACAGCAGUAUCGACGUCUCCGGGGAGUACUUCAAGUAUGGCAACAUACCGAGGAGCAUGUCGCUGACGUACUGCGGCAGCGAGACCGAGUCCGAGAUUUACUCGCCGUACAGUUUCUGCGGCAGCGAGUCGGAAGUGACCGAAGACGACCACGACUGGAUCCAGAACGGGCGCACCCACAAGCUGCGCUCGAGAAAGGGCAGGAGUAUCGUCCACCGGAGUCUGGAGGACAACUACGGCGCGGUGGUGGUCGCGAACCACGAGGCGUUGGCUCAGGUGCUCGAGAACAUCCAACAGAGCGUCCACGUACAGCCGGCCCUCAGGGGUCUGAAAACCAGUCCGAACUUGCGCCUCGCCGACUUUACCAUCAAGACUAGUCUGCAGCCGGUGUUUGUGGGCGCGAAAUCGUUUCACCAGGCACUGUGGGGCUCGCAACACGUCACCUUGCUGUUUAGCACGGGACUCGCGACGUCCAGCACCCUGUCCCUCGGCACCUUCAGUCUUAACGCGGUUACGGAGUUCAACGAUCUGGUUCCCCGCGAGUACCUAGCCGAUCCGAAGAACAAGAACGACACGAAACAAGUGCAGGCCACCGUACACGUCCUCCCCUGGCUCCAGGUCUACACGAUCGACUCUUACGGGGAAAUGUUGAGGAGCAAACCCAACCAGGACGAGACCCACAGGGACGCGUUCUUCGUGCUCCUCCAGGUGGUUAACGCGUUGAAGAUGCUGCAGGCGCAGGGUGUUGAGGAGCUGCCGCUGUCGCUCGACAGCUUCGUCCUAUGCAGGGAGGUCGACAGGGAUACCCAUUAUAGGCUUUGUAUAAUGCAAGGAUUAUCCUCUGACGCGAGCCCAUUUUCGACCGAAGGGAAACUCGGAACGCUGUGCGUCUGCGCCGCCAAAGCCCUGUCCCUUCUCCAACCGUCGACCAAGACCGCGACCCUGAUCCAGUCAUUGCUGAGCAACGAGCGAUCGGUGUCGCUCACGCAGGUCAAGUCCAUCUUGGAAUUUAGCCUGUGGGGUCCGUCGGACGUGUCCUUGGGCAGUACGGUCAGGGAGAGGGAGCUUACGCUUCAGAGGUGGUUGGAUUUGCAAAGGGCGACGGUGCUACACGGGCUCGUGUGCGCCCGGGUGCAGCUCACCGUGUACGAGGAGUGCCACCUGCUGUUCCUGGUGAGAAGCAACGCGCGCAUGACGUCAGAUGCGUCGAUGCUGAUCGAAUCGAACAACCUCAAGUAUUCGCAUUCGAGUCGCGCUUGACGGAGACUGUUGUCGAGGAUAUUGUAUAUUUAUUUUUUCGAUACAGAGCGGGUUUUUGGGAACACAUACAUUUUGUAAUUAGUAGGUUUAGCGUUUACGACAUUCUUACCCUUUAAAAUUCCGACUAACCAUUAAUAAUUAUGUAAAUAGUCGCCGAGCUAGCUGUUGGAACUGCCAUUAGUGUUUUGUUUGUUGAAUUAGUUAUCCACGUUGUCUCUUGUAAAGUUUGUAUUUUUAUAUUAUUUAUAUUGUAUUGGUGUAAAUAACAUUUUUUUUACUGCAAAGUUUAUUUAAAUUACAAUAAAAUGUCAAAU